AUUUCGAUUUAAGCCCCUUUGCUACGAAAUCCCAAAUCCAGCCCAAGAAACGGUAUCCAAUCUUUCUUGCUGCUGCUGCUCCUCCGACACGCUCCUCACGCUGGAUUUAGUAUCUGUUGGAUUACGAUUGGAUGUUUAUAAAUGACGUCCGCGUCCCAGUCAGAAAACCCCCAACAACAGCAGCAGAUCGAUCACCAGCUGCAGCCGGGCGGAAGCGCCACUGCGUCGCCUGUUGCUGCCCCACCGCCGCCCAGCGGGAAGCUCUCCUUUGAGGAGAUCUCCAAGUACUUCUCUCUCCCCAUCGCGGAGGCCGCAUCUAACCUCGGUGUUUGUACUAGUGCAUUGAAGAGAAUAUGCCGUGAAAAUGGUAUUAUAAGGUGGCCAUAUCGUAAGUUCCUUGCUGGGAAGACUGUGGAAGAUAUCAGAAAGGAUGCUGAAAGAGAGAGAAAUAAAGAGCUAACUGAGUUGCCAAAGAUAGCGAACCAAAGAACUGAUGUUUCAAAAGUGAUGCCUUCAACGUCUGUUGGUUCAUCAUCAACAACCUAUGGCAAUCAAGUUCAGAACAGAGCACCAAGUGUCACGCAAGGAGCACUAAAAUUGCAGCAAGGAGUUCCCAUGCCAGGACAUGUUUUGCAAUCACAAGGAAAUAAGUUUUCACAAACUAAUUGGCCCAAUAUGAUCCAGUAUAGAGGCAUUCCUACCUUCAUGGAUGAAUUUAAAUAUGGAUUUCCAGCAAAUGGCUUGUCAUCUGUUUCUGUCAAAUGGUGGGGAAGUGGCAACAAGGAAGAUACUGAAAGGAUGUUGCCAGAAGAAUCUGGAACCAUAAAAGAGGAGAAUAAGGAACCUCACGAGUUAUCAAAUGAAACCUCUAAUGGUAUAGUGAAAGAUGAUCACCCUGACCAUAGUACACAGGAUGUUGCCUCUGUAACUGGGCCAACUACUUCCUUUUGUUCUUUGAGAAGAAAAGCUGUAGAACAUGGCUGCGAAACACUGAAGGGUGGAAUUUCUAAGGGCUACACAAGUUACAAGUUGGGCAAAAGACAAAGAUUAGCAUUACUCCAAGUAUUCAAAUCAUCAUUACCAGAUCAAUGGAUGGAUGCCUUUUCUUGAUCCAAGGCUGUCCCAUAAUUCAUUAUUCAUGACUUCUUAAGGCUUACGCAUCCUACCCAUGGCACAGGAGUAGAAGCUUCAUCUGUGGCGAGCGGCUAAUAUAAUGUUUUUGACUGCUCAGGCACCAAAAGGACAUGAUCAAUGCUAUUGUUGCAUCCUCGCUUGGUCAUUGUAACAAGCAUAUGGCCUCAUUAUCAUGCUUCUGUUUGAUCAGUUUUAUCAUAUCUGAACAGUUUACACCCCAUAUCCUGGCUACGAAUGACAAACAAUAUUCAUUCUGCCAGCUGAGUGCCUUCUCUUCUGCUUGAACUUCUCUAGCCAAUAUGUGCAGUAUUACUCCCGCGGAAGUGUGGGUCAUGUGGAAAUUCAUGAACUUCAGAACAGAACCUGAUAAUCAUAGGAAAAAAAAUCUCAUCUUCCAUGUGGUGUUGCAUUAUUUUGUUGUGUAGAUGAUGAGAGAAACGGCAUUACCUUGAAACCAGAAUUCAUUUUAUCCAGCC